UUCUAUCCUCUUCUUCUACUUGUUAUUCUUGUUCUUGUUCCGUCUUAUUUUCUCGUCUUUUGCGUGGUUGUCAUUUUUUUCUUUUUUAUUCCCUGCUUCGUUAUACAAGUGAUUAUUAUUUUUUCUUAUUGUACACAUACACGUCGACACACAGGCACACACACACCAUACACACAUACACACAUACAUAUUAUAUAUAUAUAAACCCAUCUUAUCAUGGUAACCGUAACGUUGUUUCUUGGCUUUUUUUUCAUGGUGGUUCAUUUUAAACCACGACGGUUUUUGGGAAUACUCCACCGCCAGAGGAAUCCCUAAAGAUGCCGGACCCCAUGCCGUCCAUGUCAACGCCGGUACAGAUGACGCCUACAUUAUCUUUGACGACGCAACGAUCCCGUCGUCGGCAUACCAUCACACGCCCAGAUUCGGCGCUGGCGCUGCUUUCAAAUUCAACAGCCGACAGUACGGAUGAUGAAGCAGAGGACGACUGCAGUGAGAUGGAUCAGCAGCAAAGAUUUGAUCGAAUAUCGGAUAUCCUGUCCAACUUGAUACAGGAAGCCAACGAAGCGGUGAAUAAUAAUACACCGAAAGAGCGGAGCAGUAUGAUGACCAGACCUUUUCGAUACUCUGCACCACCCAUCACGGCACCGGCUCUACGACGGUCCACUUCGAUUGUCACGUCGUCGAAAUUGCCACGGCCCAAACACAGCCGUGCUUCUCACACUCCAGUGAUCGUUCAUGCGCGUGACUCUAGCUUAUCCUGCACUUCUUCUUGCUCCUCACCAACCGCCUUGUUUUCGCCGCCUCACACCAUCCCUUCCUCAUCCUCUUCCACCGCCACCAGUCCUACCCCUGCCUCCCCUGUGAAAAAAACUUAUUUUCGUCAUAUGAAUGGUCGGCCGCUUUCUUGUCCUGCACCGAUUCGACGAUCCAAAACGCCAAGAUCUGUUAAACGUAGUAUGGUUCAGGUACAAUCGCCCUUGUUGGAAUCUUUUAAACAACUCGAUUCGUCUAUUGCUCUUGUCGAUUCCCUUUCGCGAGAUCUGGUUCUCGAUGCUACGGCCAAUCAUCCAACCCAUCCAUUUUCUCCUUCACCGCCGUCACAACGAUCCAUGGAUUCUCGGUUCUCGGCUUUAUUUCUUUUGCCAUUACUGCAUAUCCCUCAUGCGCUUAUCUCUAUUGCAUUCAGUGCCAUUCCUAAUCACACCACGGCCGUGGCGGCCGUCACACCUUCCGGUUCACCUUCCAACUUUACCGGGAUGAUUGCGUGGGCCUUCUUCUUUGCUUUAGCCAAUGUCAUGGUUGACCGAGUCGUCACCACGACCACUCGGACCGCCCCGGUGCGUUGGAUCUCCUCCAAAGUCCGACGUUUAUCGUUGCCUGGAACGUUCAUGGAUCGCCCCACCCACAUUAAUACCAAUCUCAACACUACCACUCCCAAUCUAACCGAAGUGAUGCCAUCUCCUUUGCCCUUAAUCAUUCAAAGGCGGUCCAUUACCAGCCGACGAUAUGGGAAAUCCGUCAUGACAAGGAAAAGAGCUCCCUCUCACUAUACCUCGCAACCCGACUUUUCUCUUCCACUCACUAUCGCUACCAAACAUGAUGAUCACAUUUCUUCGCAACGUCCCAUUCUCACUCGUCGUAAUUCAUACUGAUAAUUUAUAUACACAUAACAGCAACAACAACAACAAAAAAACACAAAAAAGGACACACAAAAAAAAGGACAAGAGAAAAGGGAAAGGAAGAAACAGAAAGAAAGUUACACAGGCAGAUCACAUACACAUUCAAGCACAUAAACACAA